AUGAUUGGAGCUGAGCCGCAUAAAAUGGAAGGAGUCAUUCUUAAUAAAAGUCAUUUCGAGACAUUUGUGCGCGAUUUACUAUUAGUAAAGCAAUACAGAGUUGAAGUUUAUAUUAAUCUAGGCUCGUCUAAAAAUCAGAACUGGAUCUUGGAGUACAAAGGUUCUCCCGGCAAUCUAUCUCAUUUCGAAGAUAUCUUGUUCGGCAAUAAUGACAUUGCUGUGGGUGUGUCCGUAAUAGCUGUGAAAUUGGGUAUAGAAGGAAAGUCCAGAGUUGUCGGUUUAAGUUGUGUAGACGUCGUUUCAACUUUAAUUUCAGUGAUUGAAUUUCAAGAUAAUGAAUCAUUUUCGAAUCUGGAAUCGCUCAUUGUAACUCUCGCUCCCAAAGAAUGUUUAUUAAUUCAGGGUGAGGGCAGUUUUGAGUUUCAAACUCUUAAGCAACUAAUGGAAAGAAGUAAUGUGAUGGUUACUUUGCGAAAGAAAAAUGAAUUUGUUAGUGACUCGAUCAUAGAUGAUUUAAACAAAUUGAUAAAAUUUAAAAAAGGACAAAAACAGAAUGCGCAAUCGUUGCCUGAAGUCAACUUAAAUUUAGCUAUGUCUGCAACAUCUGCUCUCAUUAAAUAUUUAGAUUUAACAUCAGACGAAGGACACAUGAAUCAGUUUAAGUUAAAUCAAAUCGAGCAAUCACGAUAUAUAAGAUUGGAUUCUGCGGCAAUGAAAGCUCUUAACAUCGAACCACAUACUGAUACAAUUCCCACCUUACAUGGAAAUUCAGUUGCCAGUAUUUUAACAUUGUUAGAUAAAUGUAGAACUGCACAGGGGCAUCGAUUGAUAGCACAAUGGGUCCGACAGCCUCUUAAAGACUUAUCUUUAAUAAAGGAACGGCAUGACAUCGUUGAAUUAUUAGUGAAAAAUAAUGAAUUAAGAUCCACUCUUAGUGAUGACUAUUUAAAACGUAUACCAGAUUUGCAACAGCUCGCAAAGAAAUUAGCUAGAAAGAAAUUGACAUUGCAAGAUUGUUACAAGAUCUAUCUGUGCAUAUCAUAUUUGCCAAAAUUAUUGGAACAGCUUUUAUUAGAAAAAAAUGUGACAACAUUAAAUACAAUGAUAAUAGAGCCACUAAAGGAACUUAUAGAAGAUAUGGAUAAAUUUCAACAAUUGAUAGAGCAGACGAUCGAUUUAGAUGCUGCUGAGAAGGGUGAUUUUAUGGUCAAUCCAGGAUUUGCAGAUGAUUUAAAAACAUUAAAAGACGCAAUGGAUGAAUUAGAGGAAACUAUACAAAAACAACUCAGUAAGGCAGCAAAUGAUCUUUGCAUGGAGGCAGGAAAAAUGAUAAAGUUAGAAUGUAAUCAACAACUUGGCUAUUAUUUUCGUAUCACAUUAAAGGAAGAGAAAAUACUUAGAAACAAAAAACAUUACACUAUUCUGGAUUCUAAUAAAGCUGGAGUAAGAUUCCGAAACAAUAAGUUAAACGAAUUGAAUGACGAUUUUCUAGAUGCCAGAAAUAAAUACUUGGAGAGACAGAAAGAUGUUAUCGUAGAAAUUGUAGAAAUUGCAGCUGGCUAUAGCGAAACAGUACGUUCUAUUGGUGGCGUGCUGGCAUGUCUCGAUGUUCUUACUGCAUUUUCUUCUGCAGCAGUAAGCGCUAAUAAAGUAUAUGUGCGUCCCAAGAUGGUCCCAAGCGAAGAAGGUGAAUUAAAUCUCAUUCAAGUCAGACAUCCGUGUUUAGAAAUGCAACAAGGAGUUGAUUACAUUGCUAAUGAUAUUAUUUUUAAGAGAGGUAAAAGUACUUAUAUUAGAUCAGUUGGUGUAACUGCAUUAAUGGCUCAUAUUGGUAGUUUCGUUCCUUGCGAUGAAGCAACUAUAUCGUUACUGGAUUGUAUAUUGGCUCGAGUAGGAGCUGAUGAUUCUCAACUAAAAGGAUUGUCGACUUUUAUGAUGGAAAUGAUAGAAACAGCUGCCAUUUUAAAAACAGCAACAUGUAAUUCUCUUGUAAUUAUCGAUGAAUUGGGCAGAGGUACAUCUACUUACGAGGGUUGUGGUAUAGCGUGGUCAAUAGCAGAGCAUUUGGCAAGGAAUAUUAAAUCAUAUUGUCUAUUUGCAACACACUUCCAUGAAAUCACCAAGUUGGCCGAAGAAAUACCCGCUGUAAAAAAUCAACACGUUACCGCUCUUGUCGAAGACGAUAAAUUGACGUUACUUUAUAAAGUAAUGCCAGGGAUUUGUGAUCAAAGUUUUGGUCUUCAUGUCGCUAAAAUGGCUAAUUUUCCAUCAGAUGUAAUAGAGUUUGCCAAAAGAAAACAAGCCGAACUUGAAGAUUAUCAAGGCGUAACUUUUGAAGGAUCUGAUAAUCCCCAAAAGAAGCAGAAAGUUAUUCAGGAGGGUGAAGUUCUUAUUUCGCAAUUUCUUACGAAGUGUAAAGCUUUGGACUCGUCUUUAUCUGAUGCCGAUCUAGAAAGUCAAGUAUUAUCACUGAAAGAAGACAUUCUAUCCCAUAAAAAUCCUUAUGUUGAUGCUUUACUUGCCGCUUAUUAA